AUGGAAACGGGGAGUGCAGCCAGGACAAACGGCACCGCCAGCAAGCCCGAGGACGUGAAGAGCCCAACUACCCCCAAAAAAGAAGAGGAGGCCAAGAAGGCCACGAGCCCUGGCGGAGGCGAGAAAGAAGCUAUAAAAGGCACGGGCGGCGCUGCGUUGGAGACAGGGCAGAUCAAGAGCUCCCUCUUCUCUGGGAGUGACUGGAAGAGGCCCAUCAUUCAGUUUGUGGAGUCAUCCGACGAGAAGAGGUCAACCUACUUCAGCAUGGACUCGGCCGACUCCAAGAAGAUGCAGUUCAACAGCGGCCAGAUCGGAGACAUGAGGAGACCAGGCCUCAACUUCCCGGAGAAGGGCGACCUCAGGAAAUCCCUGUUCUCCUUGGAUUCCAAAAAGAGCUUCCUGCCCGCUGAUGGGGAAGGGAGGAAGUCCCUGUUCUCUGCGGGGGACCUGAAGAAAUCCUCCCUGCCCCUGGUGGAGACGGGGGACCUGAGGAGACCCUUCAACAAGGCCGAGCGCGCGGCGGGCUCGCGGCCCCGCGUGAAGCUGGAGGACGUUCUCUGCGACUCCUGCAUCGACAACAAGCAGAAGGCUGUCAAGUCCUGCCUGGUGUGCCAGGCCUCCUUCUGCGAGCUGCACCUCAAGCCCCACCUGGAGGGAGCGGCAUUCCGGGACCACCAGCUGCUGGACCCCAUCAGGGACUUCGAGGCCAGAAAGUGCCCCGUGCAUGGCAAGACCAUGGAGCUGUUCUGCCAGACGGACCAGAUGUGCAUCUGCUACCUCUGCAUGUUCCAGGAGCACAAGAACCACAGCACGGUGACAGUGGAGAUCGAGAAGGCGGGCAAAGAGACGGAGCUGUCCCUGCAGAAGGAGCAGCUGCAGCUGAAGAUCAUCGAGGUGGAGGAUGAGGUGGACAAGUGGCAGAAGGAGAGGGACCGCAUCAAGAAUUACACCACCAACGAGAAAGCCACAGUGGACCAGCACUUCAAGGAGCUGAUCCGUGACCUGGAGAGGCAGAGGGAUGAGGUGAAGGCUGCCCUGGACCAGAGGGAGAAAAUUGCCUCGGAGAACGUGAAGGAAAUUGUGGAUGAGCUGGAGGAGAGGGCGAAGCUGCUGAGAGAGGACAAGGAGAACAGGGAGCAGAUCCACCAGAUCAGCGACUCCGUGCUCUUCCUGCAGGAAUUUGGGGCUCUGAUGAGGAAUUAUGUGCCCCCUCCAUCCCUCCCAACCUACAGCGUGCUGCUGGAAGGGGAGAGCAUGAGCCCAUCCAUGGGGCUGCUCAGGGAUGAUCUCCUCAAUGUCUGCAUGAGGCACGUGGAGAAGAUCUGCAAGGCAGACCUGGGCCGCAACUUCAUCGAGAGGAACCACAUGGAGAACGGGGAUCACCGGUUCAUGAUGAACAACUACGAGUGGAACCAGCCUGACAACCUGAAGAGAUUCUCCAUGUUCCUGUCUCCCAAAGCCAAUUUCAACCCACGGUCAUGGGAAUUUUCCUCCUUCCAAGCGACCGAGGAAACACUUGUAGGCAAUGGCACUAAGCUGCCUUUUCAGUUCUCCUCGGUGGGACAGAAUCCGCCCGGUGACUUCAGCAAACAGUCUGAUGGGAGCCUCUUCACUAAGACCGCCUACCCUUCCAUAGUGAGGCACCAGUCCGCGAAGGUGACGCCACAGACGUGGAAAUCCUCCUCCAAGCAGUCUGUAUUGUCCCAUUAUCGCCCCUUCUACGUCAACAAAGGCAACGGAGCCACCUCCAACGAGGCGCCCUGA